AACAGAUUCCAUGGCGACCAAAAUCCAUGGCGACGAGCUUCCUCAAGUUUUGGUUCUAGGCUCCCCCUGGGUAUUACCCUCUCUCGAAUCCCAAUUCUCACACAGAUUCCAUUUCCUCAAACCAUCCAAUUCCCAAUUCCCACUACUCCAAUUCCUCUCCUCUUACGCCCAAUCCGUCCAAGCCUUGCUCAUCCCAGGCGGCAGUUUCGCCCUAACCUCCGCCAUUCUCGACUGCCUCCCGUCGCUGAAGCUCGCCGUCACCACCAGCGUCGGCGUCGACCACUUGGACUUGCCGGAGUUGCGCCGCCGUGGGAUCGCCGUUGCCUAUGCCGGAAACUUGUACUCUGAAGAUGUCGCCGAUAUGGCGGUUGGAUUGCUAAUCGACGUUCUUAGGAAAGUGUCGGCCGCGGACCGGUUCCUGAGGCAAGGGCUUUGGCCUACCAAUCGGGAGUUUCCUCUUGGAUUGAAGUUGAGCGGGAAACGAAUUGGGAUUGUUGGACUGGGGAAAAUAGGGUGUGAAGUAGCCAAAAGGCUGGAGGGAUUUGGGUGCAAGAUGUCAUAUAACUCAAGGACCAAAAAGCCAUUAGUUCCAUACUCAUACCAUUCCACUGUACAUGAACUGGCAGCAGAGUGUGAAGCUCUGAUCGUCUGUUGUGGGUUAACUGAAGAAACCCGCCAUAUGAUCGACAGGGAGGUGAUGGUUGCAUUGGGAAAAGAUGGUGUGAUAAUCAACGUUGGUCGCGGGGCGAUCAUCGAUGAGAAGGAGCUGAUUGAAUGUCUGUUACAAGGAGAGAUUGGGGGAGCUGGAUUGGAUGUGUUUGAGAAUGAACCUGAAAUUCCAGAAGAGCUGUUUGGGGUUGAUAAUGUUGUGUUGUCGCCACAUGUUGCUGUGAUUACACAUGAAUCUAUGAAGGGAUUGUGUAAGUUGGUGGUGGACAACUUGGAAGCUUUCUUCUCAAAUAAACCUCUUGUGUCUCCCUUUAUGGAUGGAGGUUAGUUUGUAAAGAAUUCAGCUGAUUUGUUUGGGAAAUCUCCUUUAUAUUAAUGCCUAAUUCGAAGCUUGGAUUCAGAGAACAGGGGACAAGUUCACCCAAAACCUUACUGUAUUUAGGCACGAAUUUCGUAUUGAAUAGUUUCAAUUCCUUUUGAAACAGUAGAUUUGAUGAUGAAUCAUUGAAUUGUCUGCUCAAGAUAUCUAUUCCUUUCAUGGCCAUCA